AUGAAUCAAUCUCAAACAACGAAUAUCAACAAUGAGAAUAUGAGUACCAGCAUAGGCGACAUCAACAGCAAAGCACAAAAUCAAACUGAUCAGAAUAGUAGUCAGCCUUCAAUAGUGGAUGAAAAACGGCUACAGGACGAAUAUGAGGAAGUAGCGGCAGAUCAACUGGAAAAAUCAGGAACGAAUCAAGCAGAAGCAGUGAAAGAAAAAAGGCCAUCCAUUCUUCUUAACAAUAACGACAAUGAUAACGAUACUCCUAAUGACCAACCACUACCACAACAUUCUUCAGCCAUGUCUAUUGCCAGUACUGAUGAUGAAGACUAUCAUGAAGACCGUCUCCUCAUGGAUGACGGUAUAUUACCGCCCAGUAUCCCUCUUGAAGCUCUCGCUGGUCCCGCCCUUAUCCUACCUGCCAGUGUUGACAUUGACGGUAAAACUUUAACUGAAGAAUUUGAUUGGGGAGGUCAUGAUGAUGAUGAUGACGAAGAUACCCGCAAUAAAAGCAAAGGAGACGAAGAUGAAGAUGAUGAGGGCAAUAAAAAGAAAAAGGGUGCUCUCACCAAGUCAGGCGUCCUUAUUUGUUUGAAUGAAAAUUCUUCUUACAUUGCGUGGUCAUUUAUUAUCUUUUUCGGAUUGGCGAUAAUUGCUGUAGAUGUUGCAAUUUACAUUACUUACCAUAAGAAAGUAGUCAGUGCGGCAUCUUAUAGUUUACAAUUGUGGUUUACAUGGUUGGCUUUCUUAUGGUGGAUUGGUUUACUUUCGCAGAUUUUUGUAGAACUGGUUCCUUGGGCAAUCAAGAAAGCAGUGGGACUAUUUAGAUCACAAUCUAUUGAAGUGCUUCGAAUGAGAUUAUCAUAUUAUAUGGCAUUACGGGUCUACAUCAAGUUGUUACUUAUAAGUGCCUGGUGUUGGGGCUCAUGGGCUGUGAUCAAAAGCAACCUCGAGCUUCCUCUCCUCAGAUCAACACCUGAGGAAGGUAAUGUUUAUGAAUCUCCACCAGCCUAUGUUGCUAUUUUUCAAAGCAUAUGGGAAUGUUUGUUCUUUAUGGCGUUAUUUCUGUUUGUGGAAAAGUUUAUUCUGCAACUAAUAGUUACAUCCUUCCACAAAAAAGCGUAUGGCGACAGAAUCAAGGAAAAUGAUAAAGCGCUUCGCGUUUUGGACAGAUUGAAAAAGAUGAAAAAAAAAAACCCGCAAGAAUUUCUUCUGAAACGUAUCCGCCGUAAAAAUAAAAACGCCAAUAACAAUAACAAUGGUACCGAAUCUAAACCAAGUACGCCUCAACGAUCCUACUCUUUGGAUGAGAGCAAUAACCCCAACAAUGGCUAUUUUACUGCCAGUCAUCACCCGCCAUCCUACAAACCUUCCAACAAUAAUACAUCUAACGCUAAGAAUGCUAAACCUAGCAGCAAAUCCAUAAUGACACCUUCAGAUCAACAAUAUUUGGAUGGUAAUGCCACUGUUAAGUUCCCAACGAGAAAUAUGGAUACUUUGAUCGCUAUUCCACCUUUGGAAGACCGUUUAAUCAGCAUGAACAAUGGGAAUUCUGUGCAACAGCAACAGCAACAACGACCACACGAGCAAGAUGAUGUAAUCAAUAAAACAGAUGCAAGUAAUCCGGAACUACCCCACGGAAAAGGAGGCCUAAUCAAUAAGCUAGCGAAAAAAAUGAAACGACGAAGUGGCAGCGGAAGUCAGCCAAGCACACCAGCUUCUCCGGGUACGAUUGAUGAAGGUUAUGCUUCUCCUCCUCCUUUGUCCAGAGAUAGCACAGGUUUUCUGUCAAGACAGAGCCAGGAUGAUCAUCCACAAAGGGGCUUUUUAAGUAAUGCUGGAGCAGGUCUUAGUAGCACAGCUGCCAUUCCAGGCAAACUCUUGAAAGGAGGUUAUCAAAAGUUUGUCAAUAACGGUUACAAUAUCAACAAUCACAUCAACCGAGGUCAUACAAGCCCCUCAACUCAACAAGCCAAAUACGUUGCUAAACGAAUUUAUAACAAUUUAUUGGGCCCUGAAAACACAGCAACACGUGAUAUCAUAGUGGAGGCUGAUAUGUACCCCUUUUUCCGGACCACAAAAGAAGCUGCCUACGCUUUCGGCUUAUUUGAUCUUGAUGGUAAUGGUAAUAUCACAAAACGCGAAUUAAGAUCAGGCUGUAUAAGAAUAUAUCGUGAGCGUAAAAACCUGACACGGUCUAUGCGCGACUUGUCUCAAGCAACGGGUAAAUUGGAUAUUAUCUUGAUGGUCAUCUUUACUGUGGUAUGGGUCAUCAUUGUUUGCGCAGCUUUUGGUGUCAACGUUGGAACAGAUUUGAUGCCUUUAUGGAGUGCAUUUGUAGCAGCAAGCUUUAUAUUUGGUACAUCAGCUAAAGAUGCUUUCGAAGCUAUCAUUUUUGUUUUUGUCACUGUAAAAUCGAUCAAAUAUGUUGGCACACAUCCAUUUGAUGCUGGUGACAGAGUGUUGAUUGGAACUGAAAACUGGAUCGUACAUAACGUUGGAUUAUUGGUUACCACGUUCCUUAAAUGGGACGGUACGAUUGUGUAUGCUAAAAAUUCUGUCUUAUCCACUCAAUAUAUUAUCAACGUCAGAAGGUCAGGCAGAACAGGAGAAACAAUAGAAUUACAAAUUGGAUUUUCGACACCCUCCUGGAAAAUACGCAAGAUCAUUGACCAUAUGACAGAAUGGUGCAAUCAAUUUCCCAAACAUUAUACGCCUAAUUCAGCAUCCUGUAACGUUGUUUCCUUCAAAAAUCAGAAUUUGAUCAACAUGUCCUUUUAUUUCGAACAUACACAAAAUUGGCAGGAUGCAGGUGGACGUUGGUUACGACAUAAUAAUUUCAUGAUGGAACUGAAGGAAGAAUGUGAGCGUUUGGAAAUUAGCUAUGUUCUUCCUCCACAACCCUACGUUGAAGAAGGCAAUCCUGCGAAUGACGCGCCAGCAGAUUCCUACAAUCAAGGCGAAAAAUCAAGCUACGGAUUGGAUGGUAUGAUGCAAAGAAGAAGACCCUUCCGUCAUCAAGAAGACGACGUGAAUAAUUCGUUCAAAAACGCUCCCAUCGGCGCCAACCCUGGCCAUUCUGGUAAUGCUCAAAGUGGAGGUAAUGACUCAGGAGCAGCAGCAGGAGCAGCUUCUGCUAUGAUGUUUGCUGCAACCAUGUAA